AUGGAGCCUUUUCAAAAUCCAGUGGAGCUAGAUCAAUAUAGAAGGAAGUUAGGCUUUGAGUAUGCAAGGGUAAAUUGCUCUGGAAAAAAAUGGUACUUUUGGAGGACUGGUUGGGCAGGUAGCAUUAUUCUUGAUACAAUGCAGCAAAUAACUAUCAAGUUCAAAAUAAGAAAUCAUUUUUUUCUCAUCACGACAGUGUAUGCGAGAUGCAUUGCCUUGGAAAGAUUAGAAUUGUGGGAAGAAUUGGAGGAUAUAGCUAGCAGGGAACAAUGUCCAUGGGUGGUGGGAGGUGAUUUCAACGUAAUUCUUAAUGAGGAGGAAAAACUAGGAGGCCUUGAUUUCACUCAGAAUGAAGUGCUAGAUUUUGCCUCUUGUAUUACCACAUGUGCUUUAACAGAGGUUCCCACAUCAGGAAGUAAAUAUACGUGGUGGAAUGGGCGAAUUGAAGGGGAAUGUAUUUUUAAAAGGCUGGACAGAAUUCUUGUGAAUCAAGAGUUUAUGGAUCUUCUCCCGUCAUCAGAGGUGCAUCAUCUUAUUAGACAGGGGUCAGACCAUGCUCCUUUGCAUAUGAUUUGCAAUUCAGAUGCGGGGACAACCAUAAUGCCCUUUAGGUUUUUGAAUUUCUAG